AUGGUUGAGCUAUCUCAAGAGGAUCGCGACAUCAUUGCAGAGAAUCCAUUAGAUUACUCUUUGGUCCUCUUGCAAGGCCUGCUUCAGGAGGCCGAACAGGCACAAGAUGAUUCAUCAGCACAGGAUGAAACCCGCAAAAGAGUGAUAAGAAGGCUUCUCUCUACCCUACAGGGAGAAGAUGCUGCGUCUAAGCUUCGAUCGCGUGUCAGUGAUCAAUACGUUGACUCCGACCUUGCACUUUUAUUCAGGCGCUACCGACAAGAACGCUUCAAGUACGACCGCUUUCGAGUGCUGGUGCAGCUCAUCCUCCAAAAGGCAGCUGUCCUCGACCUUAUCGCUACCAUCUCGCGUUCCACCCCUCCGGCGAGCGAUCCGCCCUCGCUCGGUGGCACACCUUUCACUCAUUCCUUAGCUUCACAGCAAGGUAGCGAACAAACGCGUCGGUUGGUGGAAGCUAGGGUCUUUGACGAGAUUAAACACUGCACGUAUCGGGACGUUGAGGGUUUCUUCACAAAAUUCUUCGAGGGAAAGGACUGGACUCCGCGUACUACAGGAAUAUACCAGACGAUCAAAGAGCGACAGGUGGAGGGCAGCUGGACUGACUUCCCCGAUCCACCCGUGCAAGCCAAAGUCCUGCAGUGGUGGAAUGAAUUUCAGAAAGAAUUUCUCCCUGAGGAAAGAGGCCGCUUUUAUACGAUAAAGAACCCGAAGAAUCUCGCCGGUAGCGAAGCUCAGCGCCAAAUUGACCUCGUGGUGAAGCGCAACGAUGGCCAGGAACUGAGUAUGGAUUCUGAUUCAGUUCAUAACUGGAAAGAUGUGGAUGUGAUUGGUGAGCUCAAGCAGUCCAACUACGACAAAAAAGGGACACUUCUCCAGCUCGGCCGAUAUGUGCGUGAUGUCUUCUCCUGUCAGCCGACGCGUCGGUACAUCCACGCGUUUACGCUCUGUGGCAGUGAAAUGGAAGCUUGGGUAUUCGACCGUUCGGGGUCAUACGGCCCUGGUCCCUUUGACAUCCAUGACCAGCCAGAACGGUUCAUACAAGUUAUCGCUGGGUACACUAUGAUGAGUGAGGCCGAGCUCGGACGUGACACAUUUACGGAGUGGGAUGCCGACAGCUGUAGUAUAUCGAUUGACUGUGGCGAGACGAGGGACAUGGCCAAGCUACAGCUUCUGCAGGAUCCGAUCACCUACCAACGAGCUAUUGUCUGCCGUGGGACAGCUUGUUUUCUUACUAAGACGCCCAACUGUAGAGGCUAUGACUGUGUCUCUAAAUUUUCGUGGACAUCUGACCAGCGACGGCCAGAGGCAGACCUCCUUGAGUUAGCUGCCAGCAGAGGAGUAAAGGGCAUAGCAAGUGUAGUUGGUCAUCAACAGAUAACAAGCAUCACUGAGAUGCGCUCAGGGAUGGUAUUCGGAAAACCAUAUAAGUUUCAGAGCAUACCGAGUGCUUUGUCGCCACUUUCGCAGUCUUCCUCGCACCUUCACGGCUCAAGCACCACCGAAAGCCAGCCUAGAAAACGAAAAUCCGGAGAUGUUGGAAGGAAACAGUCCAAGCAAUCGAGGACCAGCAGUCUGAAGUCAAACAAACUCAAGAAUGAGGUCACAUACGACGUUGAAGAGGCUCAGAGCACCAGUCUCUUCACAGCUGGUAAAGAUGGCCCAUACGAUAAUCGCAUCUUUCGGUGUUUGGUGGUCUCCCCGGCCGGCCGAGCACUCCACAGAUUCAAGAAGAUAUCAGAACUCCUAUGUGCCCUCCGCGAUGCCGUGAAGGCUCACAGAUCCCUGUACCUUAAAGGGAACAUUCUCCACCGAGACAUUUCGGAGAAUAAUAUCAUCAUAACUGAUCCUCAAAAAACUGACGGUGUGACGGGCAUGUUAAUAGACUUGGAUCUUGCCAAAGAGCUCAGUAGUGGCAGUAGUGGUGCACGCUGUCGCACCGGCACAAUGGAGUUUAUGGCGAUUGAGUGUGCUCGCCACGGGUGGAGAUUUUCCGGUAACCCAAAGGGCCAACCAGAAGACAGUCUGUUGAUAAAGUGGUAUACUGAUACCUUUAGGAAUAUUGCAGGAACCAAACGAGGUGACAUGGGAGUCGACGGGUUUGAGGACAUCUUGGAAGAAUUUCCAUCAUCUUUUGAAUGUGUUAAACCGCUCUGCAGGGAAAUUAGGGGCAUCCUGUUUCCUUACAAAGAUGGGCUCUUCACCGGGACACCCAGGAACCCAGAGGUUCUCUACGAGCCGACAAUACGGGCGUUUGAUCAGUCUAUAGAAGACAUAAAAACUACAGAAACGUAG